AUGGACUCAGAACAUGAGUCUGAGCCUUGUAGUUUCCACGACCCCGAGCAAGAAGAAGAUGACGGCUCACUUCGACCCAUGAUAUACACCUGGGGCUUGAGUAAGGACUAUGUCGAGAAUUGGAGCAACGAAGACGCUUUUCGCGAACUGUAUCAGAAUUGGUGGGACGGCGUCCUUUCCUCAUUCCAUCUCGGCCAGCGUGAAUUUAAGACAGAGAUAAAAGACACUCGGAGUGAGAUCCAAAUCCGCGUUUAUAAACCAAAUAGCACACGAUCUAGGGCGAAAGACCUAUUGGGCUACAUCACCUACAAAGAAAGAUAUGGCGGUGUUGUGUUUACCAAUUUUGAAGCUCGCCUCACAGCCCGUGACCUGGAUAUCGGAGGAACGACUAAACGAGGCGAUGAUAAUCAAGCAUUGGCUGGACGUCAUGGAGAUGGUCUCAAGCUUGCUGCCUUGGUUCUAUGUCGCAACGGAUUUCGUGUCCAGAUUGUCGCAAGCGGGUUCAAACUCUACUUCGGCUUUAAGGACAAGUGCAAGUCUCAGAUAUAUUGCAAGAUCUCACCCAUUUCCGCGUCAAUUCUCGACAAUAAGAGAGAGCAAUGCCGACACAUUCGCCUCAGAGAAAAGCCCAAUGAACUCGCAAGCGACCCUUCGAAAGACGUCUGCGUGUCGAUUACGAAAGGGCAAGGCGCAGCUGGAGUUACAAUAAGUCCCUAUGAAUUCAAGGAAUGGAUGCGUGUCGCCUUGGAUCUGGAUAUAUCGACUUAUCCUAGUUUUUUCCAACCUUUUCGUCUCCAACCUAUCCAAACCGAAUAUGGGGACAUUAUCUUGCAUUCGGAGUUCCGAGAUCGGGUGUAUUUCAAGGGUAUUCUACUCUCCCGUCCUACGUCCGAAGCAAGAAAAUAUCGAUAUGGCUACAAUCUAUUGACAGGAGAAACGGAUCGUGGGCGCCAGUCUCUGGCAAGUCCAACGGAUGAGGCGCUAGUCAUAUCUAGGAUAUGGGCGUCUGCUUUCGAUUGGAAUUUUUGGGUUACAUUUUCUCGAUACCAAGACUUGUUCGAGAGUGAUUUCGACUACGCGGAUGUCACCUUAGUAGAGAAAUGUGUAGCGAAACCCACAGCUGAGGCCAUCUGGAAGAGGCUCGCAGAAAUCAGCCUUGGAAGGUUCUACUAUUGUCCCGACUUGAAGGAAACAGAUCCUAAUACAAUAAUCACAAAUCUUCGACGGAAGCCAGCUGGUCUACCGAAGAAGACUUGGCAGAUUUUGAGGACCCACAAUCUUGUACGAACGCCCGACGAAGAGAUACAACAUUGUUUCAAGAGUUUGAAGGCCUCAACGCAGCAUUCCACGCAGUUCUCAAGGCAUAUACAGCGGGGAUUAGCAGCUUGCUUGGCCAUGCAUUCGGCAACUCGGACACUGUCGACUGAGUAUGUCACCACUAAAGAUAAGAACAUGACUGUCCUUUUCAGUAGAGAUACUCGAUGUUUGAAGGUUCAUGACAAAUACCUGAAGUCCGAUACAGCCCAUGGCGCGGCACCAUGUCUCAGCUACGAAAUGAGUACUCCAUACAUUGAUGAUCAGAGUGUGUUCUUCUGUGAUCAUCUGGUUGAGGAUCUCUACGGGCAGACGCUUGAACAGGUCAUCAACCCUCCUUACCCUAAACCUGUCCGCUCUAUACGAGUUAUAAUGACGACUACUCCGUUCAAUGUUCACGAGGCUCAGUUCAGCGGGCUGGACAGUGAGGAGUUAUAUUUCCCUCUCGUCGCGACAAAUCGUGAUAUGUCUAUCUAUGGAUUGGCACCAGAUGCCAUCGCUCCAGAGCCGCGCUCAUCGGGCCAUGGUUUGGCAGUUAUCAACAUCCCAUUCCAUGCAAAGCCAGACGAUAUUAUGUAUUCCGAUGAGGACGAGGAUCCUGAAACGACAUCUAUAAGACAGUAUGGGCCACGGCGUCUCUGCUCUCAAGUGGUUCCUUCUAUUGGUUCAACAGGUUACAGUACACCUACCAGUGAUGGAGAAACAAUGUCUUGUCUGCCCGUCUGCGCCCAAAGAAUGAAAGAAUUGGCAAAGGAGCGUGAAUUGGAACAUGGUAAAAGGAUCGAGUGGAAUGAAUGGGUUACAGAUAACUUUGUGGUGCAGUUUGAGAAGCUGAUUUUCCCUCGAAGAUCUCAGGUAAGCUCAGUUGCCAUGCUCUAUUACUAG